AAUUUAGUUGCUUUCCGCACAUUGUCAAGCGUAUGCGUGAAAAUUUAAUAGUACUUUACAAACAAAAUCAAUCCUGAUAUCAAUCGACAAAUAUUGAAUACAAAUAAUUUGAUUACGUGUUACUGUACCCCGUGACAUAUAAAUUUUAGUACUUAAUCAGUCAAAAGGACCAAGUAUCAAAAAAAGUCUUAUCUUAUCACCACUUUUCCAAUUGCUUUGUUUGAAAACGUGUUCUAGUACAUUUAUCUGGUGAAUAUUCUAUUGAACGAUAACAGUCUCGUCAAUAUGGCGGAUGAAAAUGUUCGUGUGCCAAAGGAUGAUAACCACACGGAAGAAGAUAUUCCAUCAGAAUUGGAAGAAACUGUAGUUUUGAAAGUGACUGACACAGGCAAAGACAGCAUUGCAUCUGGAAGCAAAGAGUCUCACAUCCCAUCCGAUGAUGACAACUUUCUGGCCGUUCCUAGUAGCAGUCGACCACGCAGCAGCUCACAGGUCGGACGAGUAGUUCCUGAUAUCGUUGUAAUACAACCUCGACAACAGGAACCACCUCUUCCACCAUUGACAACUUCAAUUAAACAUGACAGAGGAAGUUACAUGUUGCCUGAGAUGGAUCCCAACUUUUAUCCUUCAGAUGAGUACCCUAAAUACGGUGGUGAACCAGGAGAAGUAUAUAUAUUUAAUUUUGAAACGUUUUUGGAACUAUCACCACGCGAAGGUACAAGACUGGAUGUGAAAGCUUUGAUUGAAACACUGGGACUACUAAAAUUUAAUGUCCCAGAAAACAGAAUUUACAAUGAUCUUACAAAGGAAGAAGUUAUGCAAAGUAUUUCCACAGCUACUAACGCAUUUAACGCCGACCCAGAUACAAAAAUCAAUUGUUUGAUUGUUGUGUUUUUGACACACGGCCUGGCUAACAACAUCAUUUGUGCUAAAGAUGAAAAAAUGAAGAUAGAAGAUAUAAUUCAUGCAUUUUGUAAUUGUGAGGCGCUGGAUAAGGUGCCCAAAUGGUUUACAUUUUUGGCUUGUAAGGAAAAAACUCAAAGCGAUAAUCGUGUUGAGAAACAACAUAAAAUCGUUGCUGACAACACAUAUAUAAAGCGAUUACCGGAAGAUGUUAUUGUGUACUAUGCCACAACUGAGAAUAACGUCUCUGCACGAGUAGUAGAUGAGGGAACAUGGAUGAUUCAAGAAUUGUGCAGCAGCUUAAGUCGCUAUGGGAGGCGCGAUGAAUUAUUUACUAUUCUGACGCGUACGAACAAAACAAUUGCCAACAAUUACAUGACAGAUGCAAUCGGACAUAAUGAUUUAGGAGAUCCUUUCCGGCAAUGUCCAGUUAUUUUAUCAACACUGCGGAAGAAAUUUUAUCUUACAAUUAGUAAGGAUCGCAAGGAGCAGUUGAUGAUUAUGAAUAAGAUUCAAGAUAUGUUGACAGUUUAAUAAGCUAUAAAUAAUUUGUGUAUACUUAUAUUCAUUCAGAUAUAAUAUAUAAAUUAAUCAUA